AAAGGUCCGAACCAACACGCAAAGUCCAAUUCAGGGGCAGUCAGCCCUGGACAACACACAUCACUUCCAGGGUUUGCGAAAAGCUCAAUCACGAAAGGGAUCAAUGAUUUUGUCCUGACUCUAUUCUACCAUGAACUGCCCUCAACAUUCUCAUUUCUGGCGCUUCCAGCCCCCGAGUAUUGCCAGCCUUACCCCACUCCUGCCCUUGGAGAACACAAGGUCAAUGACAUGGAAGCUACAGGGGUUCCGGGUUGCCAACACCGCUAGACAGGACCGCAGCCUGCAUGACGCCGGGCUGGGAACACGAUGGAUGCGCCUAGUUUUCAGCGCAGCCACCUCUCUGUAUCACCGACGCCAACAGGACUCAGCCCACAGCCACGGACACCAAUACCCCACUCUCGGUGCCGAGCAGUCUUGCUGGCACGCAGGCAGUCAUUCUUCGACGGCAUCUGGAUGCCGAGUGGCCUUGCCCGAUUGGGAUUUCCCUUUUCAACGCCCAUGACCGAAAUUUUGUAACAUGCUAAUGCUCGAUGCGGGCUUAACGGCCAUGUCGGCCGCCAAUUUUCUUGCCCCGCGGGCUGACACCGUGCGACGUAGACCGCCCUUGAAUUAGACCCGGCCCAAGAGGAACCGCCCAUGUCAUCACAGCCGCAGACUAUCGAUGCCAGCUCAACUUGCCCUGUCCCGCCCCGGUUGGCUUGGCGCUCAGGACCGCAUUUUUGCUCUGCUGAGUGGCCAGGCUCCAGGAACCACCACGGCGCCCAAUAUCACACGACCGGCUUACCCAUGCCAAGAGCGGCAUCAGCUUCGGACAUCCGACGACAUAAUAUUAACCCCGGACGGGCGUUGGGCUGACCACGGCGUGAAAUCCCUUGGCCUAACAACCAUGACAUGGGUCCUCUUUAGGCUAGUUUCUCGGACUUGACAGAAGCGAGCCAACAAGGCAAGGGACACGAUGGGGUCAACGGCCGUGAUUCCCAAGUCCAGUCUCUGAGUUGUGCCUGGUCCAGGAACGCUGGUUGUGCAUGUUCCAAAGCGGUGAUAUCCGUCGUUAGGUGGUUUCUGUUGAGCGAGCAGGCCCGGCUGCGAGUCCAGAGCAGAGGAUAAAAGACUCCCGUCCGGACACCCUCUCACAACUCUUGUCCUACCUCAUCCUCAUCGGCACUCUCUCGUUGACGCCUGUCCUCCCAUCUCUACUCUCACUCAAGUUACACAGUCGCUCCCGACCGGCAAUCCUCCACCAGUCAACCCCGCCGCAGCCAUGCUUUUCGCCCUGCCGUGCCUGGCCCUCGCCGCCCUUGGCGUUGUUGCCCUCCCAUCCAAGAGCGAUGCCGACUACACCUCGGUGUUCCACCGCACCAAGGGAGGAUCCCCGAAGUGCAUGACCCAUAAGGAGGGUGUCGCCGCGGUCGAGAUCUACCGCAAGCUGAUCGCCGAGUGGAAGCCCGAGCUGGCCACGCACGUGUCUGAGUCCUUCGUCGACUACUCGGACUCGAUCAACACCUUUGUCCACCAGCCCCUCGGCGGGCCCACGUUCCCCACCAAGGCCAUCUUCGUCGCCAGCCAGAACGCCCAGCCGCACUUCCCCAUCACCAUCCUCAGCAUCGACUCCCAGAAGUGCAACACCGUCUCGUUCCAGUGGAAGGCCGCGUUCGGCCAGGCCAACCUCCCCAGCAAGGGCCUCACCGCGCUCCAGAUGGUCUGGGAGGAGAACCAAUGGAAGGUCAAGCGGAUCGACGUCGAGUUCAACUCGCUCAUCUGGCUCCUCAACAUGGGCGGCAGCUACACCUGGGAGGGCAAGACCUACACCGCGACCUCGCCCGACGCGGGCGUGGUCCCCAAAUAAGCUUAAUGUCUAAUGACCGACGGGGUUGCUGCCGGUUCGCCCGCGGGGCAGCCUUGUCAAGACAACGACUGAUGAUUGCACAGUGUAAUGGAGCGGGUUCUGGCCUGCUUGGGACUGGGCUUGGAGUGCGAUGACGUUAAUCCUCGCGGGAUCUGGAAGGAGGACUGCCAAAACUUGUACCGACAUUGGAUAGUUUCGAUCCGGAUAAUUCCGCUUGCACAUCGAUAGCCAAGCAAACUAAUCUCCCCAAACGGUUCUCGAGCUAAAUAUGGCACCUGUGAAUUUGGGGGCAGAAAUUCUAGAUUCCCCGCAUUGAAUUGGUGCCCCACGCAGCCGCCAUGUCGAA